UUGGGGAUGUGGAGAUAAUGGUAUGUGGAUUUGGGGAUGUAGAGAUCACGGUAUGUGGAUUUGGAGACUUUAGAGUGUACAAAAAAUGCAAGUCUAGGAACAUAUCCACGUCCCUAAGACAUAGCUAUCUGCAAAUGUAGCAAUCCAGGAAUCUAGAACCGUACUUACACACCUACAGCCCUAAGAUACAGACCUAUCUCCCUAAUCUGCCUAUAGCAAUCUACCUAUCCAUAAACGCACUCAUCCACAUCUACACCCCAAACUGCACAAAUUCGUAAAUCCAAAAAUUUGAGAACACGCAUCAGCAAAUAACAAACACACUGUAUUACACUGUACAUCACACUGUAGAUUGUAUGUACCAUUAAGGGUUAAUAAAGGAAACAGUAUAUUUUUCUUUCCCUUAAUGUCAGCCGAAGGGAGUCAAAUUCGAUAAUCCAACACGAUCGCAAAGAGAAAGGGAGACCCAAAUAGUAAGAUUAAUUUUGUCCCGAGAUUAGAGGGGUGGUUUCAGCUCCUCAAGGCACGUAAACGAGGGUGCUACAGCUUUAUGGGACCCCGUGGAACAAGGUUGAAACGUGACUCAGCAACUGAGGAUGACGUAAGAAAAUAGGGAAGUGUAAGAGGGCAGAGAACCCUAAUCUCUUUCUAUUUCGAGCUGUGCACCUAUUAGGUACACCCUUAAAAUCAGUUCCACCCUUAGGACAUGGAAAAGAAAUUGAACUAUUAAGAAGCUAUGCAAUUUAUGGUUCAAAAUGUUUAAGGAACCGUACAGCAAAUAUUUGGAGUUUGGAAUAUUGCAAAAUUUGCACGGAUAAUUUCGCUAUUAAAGAAAAUGGAAGUUUGGUAAUGGAACUCCUUGAUAACUCACGGAACACAGCACUGAAUGCCCAUAUCGCUAAUUAUAAUCGAAAGCAUCGCGUCGCGACGCCCAUUCACGCUGUCAUUGACAGACGCCACCGCUUUGUCUAGCGUUUCGACGUCGAUUCGCGUGACAGAUUGAGGAUCGAUGCGACAAUAGGUCUUGCAUCGUAUAUUUCCAUUGUCUCGUUAAUCUGUCUCGUUAAUUCCAUUGUACCUGCUCUCGAACGGUGAUUUCUUCCGCGAUUCACGACUCGGUUUUAACAGCAGAGAAUCGUACGUUGCUCGGUGUAUUUACCGCUUUACUAUCGACUUGUCAUUACCAUUGUAAUUACUGUAUCGUUUUAAAAAGUACGUCUACUAAUACAGUCAGCCAGUUGCUACAAAUAAAUUCAGUUUACAAAUAUUUAUACAUUAUGUAUUUUAUCUUCUGUUAUAAAAUUUCUUUUUGUUUAAAGAUUCUUUCGAUACCUUGAAUUUCAAAGUUCUUAAUUGAUAUGGAUAGAUAUGUGAUACAGCUACACUUAUUUCUGUACGGUAGUCAAAUAUCGUAUUAUUACACAGUGGUUAAUUUGAAGAACUACCGUCCUAAUGAUAUUUGCAGGCGGUUUACUUUAAGUAUCACUGGCGCCACCUGGUGGUAAGUCCACGAAUUAAAGUGGCAGGUCGUUAUUUAUUCUUGAAAUGAGGGAUGUCAAUGCCUUGCUAGCUUAGUUAAAGUGUUUUGCCAUCAUAAUUCCAAUAGAAUAUGGUGAUACUAGUUUAUUUGUGGCAUUAAAUCGAUUAUUGAAGAGGAUGCACUUUGUGGGCAAAUAAACGCUAGAGGCACCUAGCGGUAGACUGUCGAACUAACAGAACUACCCCUCCCUUCUAGCAAUAUUUGACUUCUUCAAUUCAUCAAAGCUUAAUUUGUAAGAGACUUUACAACAUAAACGACAUAAAGCCUCAACUCCUAUAAAAAAUGUAGGGUUAAGUCCUGCUUUAAAAGAGCCUCCUUCAGAAUUUUGUGGAGAUCCACAUACACCCAUAUACCUUUACAAAUUAUCCAAAGUAACAGAGUUAAAAUUCAAAAUACUUGAACCCGUCCGCUACAAAGAGUCUGCCCAACAAGAUCAUAUACCUCCCUAAGUUCAUAUACUCCCUAAGUUCAUCCCCAACAAACUUCGAUCGAACCCAGUUCGAUCGUUCAUUAAAGUCUCGUGCCAUUCACUUUCAUUUAGUCGGGGUGGAUGGACGAUGUGUCGUGCGACGGGGUGGCUAAGGGUGUCCGAACAGGGUUGCGCAGCCGCGGUGACCGUUGUCCAGGUAGAUCGCGGAUUAUCCUUCGCUUGGUCGCAAGUAGUUGUGAGAAGUCGAAGUCUAAGGAGUUGUGGUCGUCGUUGAAACUGGUCGAAACAAUAGGCAAAAUACGGGGUUCACGAGUCGCUAACGGGGAGUACAGGAUGGAGAAGCCCGAGUCCUCCAUGGGCGAGGAGAGCAACGUCGAGCUCGAGGACAGGGAUCCCAACAGCCUCAACACCCACCUGCAGGUGAUGUGGGAUGACGUGAUCGGAGAACCGGAAGGAAUACGGAGUCCCGAGUGCGCGUGGCGUCUGAGCGGACACUGCUUCAGAUUGUCGAGAAGUUGUUGUUACGUCUUGCUUUCCGUUCUCGUCGCCCCGUUGCUCGCCCUUUGUUUCGGUUUCACCUUUGCCUGCCUCGCGUUUCAGCACAUAUGGUGUCUAGCGCCCUGCCUACGUGUUUGGAAGAUCACGUUCGCUGCUGCGAGGAACUUCUUCACCACGGUGACACAAGCCAUCAUACGACCAGUCAUGGACUCCCUUGGCUACCUGUUCCACAACAUCCGCGUAAUGAAUCAGAAACUACCUGAAGGUCCUGCAGAGAAGGACGACAUCCUCGUGGUGUAGACUCCACAAUCUAUUAAU